UUUAUAUAAAUAAAGCCCGGAUAAAUAGUGUAUGUACAAUACAGUAAUAAUAUAAAAAUCCCGAGUGAACAUUGUACGAAUAAUGUAUGAACAAUACUGCCGGAGAAAGGAUUUGAACCAUGACCUUCCUUUUUACACUAUAGUAUCAUACCAUUAGGUACAACAUCUAUUUAUCUUGGCUAAUUUGUAUAAAAGAGGGGAUCAGCCUCGUGCUCUCCUGAUGGACGGCGCUUCAAAUGGCGAUCCAAAAAGGGUGGGGUGGGAGGGAAUCUCUCCAGAAGGUUGAUAAGCUUUCCUCUGCCGUUCUUUCAUGGUGCUCCAAUGACAAAGCUCGACUUUAUAUAGAUGAUUUGGAAAAUAUACUGGAUGAGAACAUGGUGCUUUCCUUCAAUGCUGAAAUCGAGGAUGACAACAUAGAAGAGGAACUCGAGGUGGGAUGGGCGACUCGCUCCACGAUGACCUCCUCGGCGGUGGUAUUCGGGAUGGCGGUCGGACAGGUAAAACUGGAGGCUAGAAGGGAGGCGGGGUUCGCAAACCCGCUGCCCGGUUCCAUCAGCAGGUCCCUCCCACUCGUCCUUCAAGUAGAGACCUUCCUCAUCCGUGCAGCAGCCUGGUCCGGUAGGGUACUUCAUUUGUUCAAGCAGUGAGUCCGUCCAGUGAGCAGAAAGUGGCAGAGGAAGUUAAGACAGGCGCUGAGUUUGAGGCGACGAGGUUCCAGGUCGGCUGGGAAGUAGUCAGCUCCCGUAGACAACGACGCAGCCCAAACUCGGACAACCAGGAUGACGCUCACUCAUCUCCCAAGGGUUUCCUUCCGGUGUCUAUGUCUAAGCGACCCCGUUCGCCGCCUAGUUGCAGCCACUGCCUCUGUAAUACCCACAAAACUUCGGAAUGUCGCCACCGUCUUACCUGUAAACGCUGCGGUGGUGCUGGCCACUUGGCAAACAACUGUAGAGUUGAGCUUCCUUCGCCUCCGCGACACCGUCGAGUUAGACCCAAAGCCAAAGCCUGCUUUCCAUCAGUAGCUAAUGCGUAGAAUGGUAUCCCCUCUAUGGAUGGAGACUCAUCAGCAAACAACAGAUGGCAACGUUCUCAGCUCUCGAUCUCGCUAACGGAGGAGACCUCUAAACUCAAGAAAGAGUUGGCUAAAAUCAUUGUCAUUGACACCGUCUCCGGUCAGACCAGCGAUGAAAUUCUCUUAGAGUUUCUCCCGGGAGCUCUCAACACACCUCGAGUUGACGCUGUUUAUGAAUUCAGAGGGAGCUCUUUCCUCGCCUCACUAAGCAGUGAAGCCGAAGUCAUUAAAGCAAGCAAGAUUGGAGAACUGAGUCUUCCCUCCAAGAUGGAACCGUGUGUGCUUUCCUUCAAGCCUUGGUCUGCUGAGAUUGGGUCAGUGGGAUCGGCUUCUAGUAAAGCCCAGGUCUUGCUCAUUUGGAAUCUCCCUUUGCACGCCUGGACGUGGUCGGUUCUCGUUGAUGUUUUGAGGCCGAUUGGUGAACUGGUAGCCAUCCCUCAGCCGAGCAAGCCCUGCAAAUCCUUCCUUUCAGUCCUCGUUCGCUGUCGGCCCCGAGUGAUGCUCCCGCAUGAGUUAAUUCUGAGCUUCGGAAUGAGAAAAUUUAUUGUACUCAUCACUAAUAAUCAUUUCCCGUUUCUGACGUUCCAGCGGGAUCUAGAGAAGUAUAUCUAUCUACCUUCAAGGUCUGACGACGGAGAGGUUAGAAUUACAUCAUCAAAUGAUCGCUUGUCUGCUGCGCUGAGCCGUGAGGACAAAGAGAAAGCGAAGAUGGAAGCUCCAAUUCCUGUUGAUGUUCCACCUGAUAUGAAGAAUCCUAAAUUGGAUACAACUUCGCGGCCUCACUCUCAGAUUUGGAGACCCCGAACUCGUCCGCAACCGGCCCGAAUGGAGAGCUCUGCUCUCGGGGCCUCGACAAAUUUUUCCAAUCAGGCCCGACCGGAGAGCGCUGCUCCCGGGGCCCCUCAAAAGACAGUGGAGACCUGGCCGGCGAGCAACGCUCCCGGGGUCUCUGCUCACCGUCGAGAAGAACUGGGGAUCACCGUCCAAAACCACUUCGGACCGAUGGUCCUUCAUUGUUGCGAAGAAACCAAGAUGACUGUGUUUUAUCUAAUGGAUUAUCUAAAUUGCAUGCCUUGAGCAGGCCACUACAUGGAUCUCCAGAGACUCAUGGCGUUGUCGAACAGCCAUUGGACGAGGUUUCAGAGAUUCCGGAAGACAAAACGGGUGAUUGUGAUAGGGAAACUAUUGUUUUGGCGACACGUGGAACCCAUGACGAGGUAAAGAGCCAGACAAAGUCACGUGCGGUAUCAAAGACUUUGGAACAGCAUAAAUUGGACUCUCCUUUGCAAAUUGCUGGGGGCCCAGUGAUGUUGGGCGGCCUCCUGGGAUCCAAUGAUCCGGCUUUGACUCCUUAUGGGCCAGAUUGUUCUCCAAAUCCAAUGGACAGUCACAUGGGCCUUAAUCCAACAUUACAGGCCAUGGAGACUGAAAUAACUGGGUCUUUAAAUCCAGAUUCUAGAUCGGAGAUAAGGAUGGAACCCAGUAGCACUCAAUGCCACGGUAUUAUCCAACACUCUGGUGGGGAACAAUCAGAAGAUCAGGAUUCUUUAUGCAAUCCUGCACAACCCCCUGCUAAUCUCCCAUCCCCUCCAAACUUCAGCUGGGUGUUUCUACAUGGAGUUUGGACCCUUGUUCCCUCCAAAUUCUCCAAGGAAAUUGCUAACAGAUCCCAAUUAGAAGAGGAAACCUCCCAGAAAAAAAUUUGGAAAUUUGGAAUGGGGACAACCUAGGGGAGGAAUCAUUGCAGAUUCAUGUCCCACACUUAUCUAAGGGGUCGGAUUAGGAUAGAGCCAGUUUUGAAAGCCGUGAAACCGAUGACUCGGAAUCCGAUUUUGAGGUCAAAAUUAAAAGACUGCUCCUUCAAGGGCAAACUGAAGAUUCUUCUCAAGGAACUAGAAGAAGUGAAAGGAGGAAAAAACCAUCUACUAGAUGGAAUGAGGAGGCAGGUUUCUUACCACAACCACCAAAAUCAGUCAAAAAGAAAGGGACUGCUAGCAUGACUCCGAAAGCUCCUGAACCAAAGAAGGCAAAGAUUGAGGAGCCUAUGUCCAAGAUCAAGAGGAGUCUGGAUUACCUGAUCACUAGAGACAUUGUCUAGGACCCCCUGAUGUCGAGACCCACCACUGCGGGCGAGGAAUAGUUGCUUCACUAUUUUGUAUCCCUAAAGGAGCUUCUCUUCCUUUAGGCUUCUCCCUCCCCUACUCUCUUCUGGUUGUACUGGUUUUUUCCUAAUCCCACUCCUGGUGGAUGCUUUUGUAGAGCUUUGGCUCUUGUCACUGUUGUUUUGAGCUUUAAUGA